AUGGCGACGGAUAUUCCCCCUGGGAGACCGGGCAACCUCACGCCGGAGCAGGAGGACAAGUUGCGCCAACUGUGGAACCUGAUUUUGUCCCUGGGAGAGGAAACCAGCACCGCCGCUGCAGACAGCGCGUCUGCGAGCAUAGCCCCGAGCGAGACGUCGGCCGCCGAAAAAGGUGACAAGCCCAAGAAGAAGCGCACUUCGCUAUUCAGCCGCAAGGACAAGAAAGAGGGCGCCGCGACAUCGACCGCUAUUCCAGCUGGCAUCAAAGAGGAUGGUGGUGACAAGUACGGUCAAACGGCCCAGUUCAAAGAGGCUUUGGCCAACCAGAGUCCCGAAGCUUUGCGCGCCACGAUAUGGUCCAUGGUCAAGCAUGACCAUCCCGAUGCUCUUGCCCUGCGAUUCCUGAGAGCACGCAAGUGGGACGUUGAGAAAGCUUUCGUCAUGAUGAUCUCCACCAUGCACUGGAGAUUAACGGAGAUGAAGGUUGACGACGAAAUCAUGAAGAAUGGUGAGGCUGGUGCGCUGGAAGCCGCGCAAAAUUCCGACCCCAAGAUCAAGCAGCUGGGCGAGGACUUCAUGACCCAGGCUCGGUCAGGCAAGACCUUCAUCCAUGGCCUCGAUAAGGGAGGACGCCCGAUCUGCCAGGUCAGGGUGCGCAUGCACAGGCAGGGGGAGCAAUGCGAGGAGAGUCUCGAGAAGUAUACUGUCUUCUUGAUUGAGACAGCUCGUAUGGUCCUGGCUCCUCCCGUCGAUACUGCGACAAUCGUAUUCGAUAUGACCGGCUUUUCACUGGCAAACAUGGACUACGCCCCUGUGAAAUUCAUGAUCAAGUGCUUCGAGGCAAACUACCCCGAAUCUCUCGGUGCCGUUUUGGUGCACAAGGCCCCUUGGGUCUUCCAAGGUAUCUGGAAGAUUAUCAAGGGCUGGCUGGAUCCGGUCGUGGCUGCCAAAGUUCACUUCACCAACAACGUCAAGGAAAUGUCAGAGUUCAUCGAGCCAAGCCACAUCCUCAAGGAGCUCGACGGCCAGGAGAACUGGGACUACAAGUACCUGGAGCCAGUCGCUGGAGAGAAUGACAAGAUGAAGGAUACGACAACAAGAGACGCGCUGCUUUCUGGCAGAGAAGAACUCAUCCACGAGUAUGAGGAGACAACCAUUCAGUGGAUCAAAGAGGCCGGAACAGACAAGGAGGCAGCCAUCAAGGCACAGCGCGAGGACCUUGCUCGCAAACUCAGGGAUGACUACUGGAAGCUCGACCCUUACCUCCGAGCAAAGUGUGUCCUGGAUCGGACUGGCGUUAUCCAGGACGGUGGCAAGAUCGACAUGUACUCGAAGGGGGCACCUGCUCCCGUCGCUGCCGCUGCUCCUACGCCGGCUGCCGCCCCCGCCCCUGCGCCAACCAACGGAGCACCCGCGGUCGAGACAUCGGCCGAUGAUGUAGACUAG